GGCCAGAGGGCGGCGUGGUGCAGCUUCGUCCUUCAUUUGAAUACAAUAAUUAAUGGGUAAGUUUGCCUAACCCCUGGUUAAACACUGUGGACGAGAGUCAAAGAAAAGCGGGCGAAUAAUUUUAAAAUCUCUUACGCAAUCGCGAUUAAGUCACAACACGAGCUCCAACUUUCAUCGCUGAGGUGAGAUAUCUUAAAUCUUACAUGAAUUCUUGCCUUCCUUCUAACUAGCCCACUGCACAGUGGGACAUAAAAAUUUACAGAGUAGUCUGCAGAGGCAUUCUGCAAGGUUCGCAGGAAGAUUGACACCCUCCUUCAUCGUCGCACAGCGCGUUUCGUUCUUGGCGCUCUAAAAACUGAUCAUCAGUGGAAGUGCACCCGAGCCGCAGCUGCCCAACUGUGACAUCCGUCCACUAUACAGAGUGUGCUCAGGCUGGCUGGCUGCUGCACAGGCACAAUGGAGCAAAAAUCACCGAAACACGAGAGCACUGCCAAGGGACAAGAGUCCUUGUCCUACCAGCGGAGAAUGUGGAAGAAUUUCCAGGAAAAAACCAAGCCGUGGCUGAGCCCGAAACUGGGAUCAGAGCGUCGUGGUGCCGGGGGCGCGGAGGGCAGCAAGAAGGAAUCGGGGCUUUGGAUGUUUAAGAGAAAAAAGAAACAGCUGGACCGGGUAUUUUCGUCGUCGCAGCCGAACCUAUGCUGCUCUACCCCGGCACCUUUUGAGGGAGACAAGGCUCUCGGAAGCGAUGCGGUUCCUGGGACCAGCAGCGGCGGACAGCCUCUGCUACAGCCUCUUGGCACGGCUUCUGGGGCCACGGGGAGCAAACCAGAGCUCACGGCGCACGGAAGCCCAAAACUCCCGAUGUCCCAGCUGAUGGUGUACCAGCAGAAGAGCUCCUCUCUCGGCUCAGCGUGCUUCGAGAAGCUGGUGGUGGAUCCGGCCGCUGUGACGGGAGAGGAGGAGCAGCUGCGUAAAAACGCAAGUGAUUCUGGCAUCAAUAUUGUGGGGCCCAGUAAUGUAGAGCCCCCGCCUCAGCCUCCUCCUCCAGCCAUGUACCAGCUGGAUAUUGUCCUAAAGAAAGGGAAAGGCCUGGCCAUCCGAGAUCGAACAGGGACCAGUGAUCCAUACGUGAAGUUUAAGAUUGCAGGGAAGGAAGUGUUUAGAAGCAAGACCAUCCAUAAGAACCUCAACCCAGUGUGGGAUGAGAGAGUUAGCCUUCUGGUGGAAACCCUGAGGGACCCACUGUAUGUCAAGGUCUUUGACUAUGACUUUGGACUUCAGGAUGAUUUCAUGGGCUCAGCAUACCUCUACCUGGAGUCACUGGAACAUCAGAGGGCACUGGACGUGACACUGGACCUGAAGGACCCACAGUACCCUGAACAUAACCUGGGCAGCCUGGAACUAUCCGUUACUCUGACACCAAAGGAGGGAGACGUGAGGGAUGCUACCAUGCUUUUGAGAAGGAACUGGAAACGAUCUAGUAAGUAUCAGAGUAUGCGUCUGUCGGAUGUACACCGAAAAGCCCAGUUAUGGCGAGGUAUAGUCAGCAUCAGUCUCAUAGAGGGCCAUGGCCUGCAGCCAAUGGAUGCCAAUGGUCUCAGUGACCCUUACGUCAAAUUCAGGAUGGGUCACCAAAAGUACAAGAGUAAGACAAUUUCAAAAACGCUGAACCCUCAGUGGAGAGAACAGUUUGAUUUCCACUUGUACGAUGAGCAGGGAGGCUUUGUGGACAUUACAGUCUGGGACAAAGAUGCUGGCAAGAAGGACGACUUCAUGGGACGGUGUACCAUUGACCUGUCGCUUCUUAGUAAAGAGCACACACACAAAUUGGACCUGCCACUGGAAGAAGGUGAAGGUGUUCUGGUGCUGCUGGUUACACUCACUGCUUCUGCUGCUGUUUCCAUCUCAGACCUGUCAGUCAACAUGUUGGAUGACCCACACGAGCGGCACCAGAUCAAGCAGAGAUAUAGCCUCUGGAGGUCAUUCCACAACCUGAAAGAUGUCGGCGUGGUCCAAGUUAAGGUUAUCAGGGCUGAGGGCUUAAUGGCAGCAGAUGUCACAGGUAAGAGCGACCCAUUCUGUGUAGUGGAGCUGAGUAACGAUCGGCUGCAGACGCACACCGUCUACAAAAACCUGAACCCAGAGUGGAACAAGGUCUUCACUUUUAAUGUGAAGGACAUCCACUCGGUACUUGAGGUCACCGUUUACGAUGAGGACAGAGACAGAAGUGCAGACUUCCUGGGAAAAGUGGCUAUUCCUUUACUAAAUAUCCAAAAUGGAGAACGCAAAGCCUACGCCUUGAAAAGCAAGGAGCUGACAGGGCCAACAAAAGGGGUCAUCUUUCUCGAAAUAGACGUGAUUUUUAAUGCUGUGAAGGCUGGUCUCAGGACGCUGAUUCCUAUUGAGCAAAAGUAUAUCGAGGAGGAGCCUCGAGUGUCCAAGCAGUUGCUUUUGCGCAACUUCACCCGAGUUAGACGCUGCAUCAUGGUCCUGAUCAACGCGGGCUGCUACAUAAACAGCUGCUUCGAAUGGGACUCUCCGCAGAGGAGCAUCUGUGCCUUUGUGCUUUUUGUCGUCAUCGUUUGGAACUUUGAGCUCUACAUGAUUCCUCUGGCGUUGCUUCUCCCCUUGGCCUGGACCUACAUGCUCAUUGCGUCGGGGAAGGACACCAGGCAAGAUGUGGAAGCGGUGGAGGACCUGCUGGAGGAUGAGGAUGAGGAUUUUGACAAAGAUGACAAGGACCCUAAACCAGGCCCCUGGGAGGACAGCCGUGAUAAAAACCAUAUCCUCGAGGAUAUGUUGGCUUCCUGGCACUUUGAAUGGAUACGAGCAAUGGUGGACUCAGAAAGAAAGGGCUUCAUGAACAAGCUUUAUGCCAUUCAGGACGUGUGCAUCAGUGUGCAGAAUGCGCUAGAUGAAGUGGCCUCCUAUGGCGAGAGGAUAAAGAACACAUUUAACUGGACUGUGCCUUUCUUAAGUUGGUUAGCUAUCGUGGCUCUCGGAGUGGCCACCAUCAUCCUCUAUUUCAUCCCUCUCCGAUACAUUGUGCUGGCCUGGGGAGUGAAUAAAUUUACAAAGAAGCUACGAGACCCCUACACCAUUGAUAACAACGAGCUGCUAGACUUUCUGUCCAGAGUGCCCUCAGAUGUACAAGUGGUGCAGUACCGAGAGCUGAAAUUGGAUCCCAAUCCCAGUCCAAAUAAAAGGAAGAAAAACAACCCCGGGUAGAUGACUGCGUCCGCCCACCAACUCCUCUCUUCUCCACUUUUCCUCACUCGGUCUAUUACUGGACACCGAGGAACAAGAGGACGACUCCUCUGGAGCAGCUCGGCUCAGCUAUCCUUUAACAGUUUUGUUUUUAUUUCCUGUUUGAUUCUCUUCAACUCUUUUUUCCUAUUUAAUUACUCAUGGUGUACAGUCGUUUCCCAAAAUGUCCUUUUUUGUAUGAAACAAAAUGAGUGCGAGAAACCUCUUAAAUUAUUACCGUAACCAUAAUGCUUUAGAUUUUUUUUAAAGGCAAGUGGAAAGGAUGGAUGAAAUGACCUUUACAUCAGCCGUGUGAGCCACUCUCCUUGCUGCUUCUCUCCAUCACUCUGACAGCUUCCCACAAGUGUCACACAAUAAGUAAAAUUAGUUUAACAUUUAUUCUCGCUGUUCCAAAAAAAAGAAAAUGACACUUGGUGUGUUUAUCAAGGGAGAAGCCUUAUACCGCAUUCAACUUUCUUUCUUUCUUUCUUUAAGCUCCUGUUUAAGUUAUUGAAUGAUUUUGUUAAUAUGUUUAUAUUUUGUAAUUGUUUUUCUACUGAAGUGUGUUUUGUUUUCUCUCCUCUCCCUCUUGGAUGUGGCAGUGUUACUUUCACUGGCAGUAAUUUGGACUGUCUCCACUUAACUCAGCCAGCCAAGUUGAUUAGCAAUUACGGUGGUAGCCUCCAGAUAUCUCCUUUUACACAAACACAAACCUGGAUCAACAGGCUGAAGGCUUGUUUGUGCUUUAAUAGAAUGGCCAGAUUAACUUCCUUUUUUUAGGUCUGAGUCUGUAGUAAACAAUUAGUGUUACACCUGAAAACUUUACCAGUAGCUGUUGCCUCGUUUGACUCAUUUGAACCAUGUCAAAAUCCUCUGUCAUUCAAGGAGUCGCCUCCUCUCUCUGUCAGGCGGCACGGCAGACUGGGCCCGCCGUCGUGGUGUUAAUAUAGAUGUCACCCAGUUUAUGCAGAGUCUCGUCAGGCAGCCGGGCCUUGAGGCAGCCGCAGCUCUAAUCUUGUUUGAAAGGCUGGUCUCCUUCCCUCUCAUCUCCCCCAUGUGUUUUCCUCGGUGGCCACACGCGAGCGCGUUCACGGCCACACGCACACAUGCUUCUGCGCUUAAGCAUCUUGUGUUUCGGAGGCACAAACAUCCUUCUCUCGCGUAAACGCGCAGUUCCUCUCAGAGAUCUCGAACACGCACGCCUUACUGUACCUGCACGCUGACAGAUGAAAAACAUUGUAUUGGAACAGGAACAUUCUCCCCGCUCUCAGUCACACGCGCACCAACAACUGACACACAAACGCAAACAUGCUUUCUGUGAUGCUGUGCCCCAGGCUGGCCGCCCUCUCCAUCUGCCCCACCUCCUGUGCCCAAAGCUCAACUUUGAUCAGUCUUUCCAGAGACAGAGGCUUGUAUAUGUGAACUGUGUAUGUAAGAGUGUUUGCGUAUACGCAUUUAUGCAAUCAAAGACAAGUUGCUUUUCUUAGUGUCGGUGUGCGUUACAGUUGUAUCUCCCCUCCAGCUGUAGACUGACGCCUAGAUCCAGUCGCUGUGUGUGUGUGUAUGUGUGUGUAUGUGUGUGUAUGUGUGCGUUGCAGCAGAAGUGCCAGCUGUUACUUGGUGUAGAGUUUGCUUCGAUGCUAGAUGAGCAGCAAGUCAUUGUGUGACAAGGCUCCAAGGGGACUUAGGCCUGAGAUGUCAGGGAAGGAGGAGUGUAUGUGUGUAUGUGUGUGUUUUAUGCUAUUUCAGAUCCUUCUUCCCGUCAUGCUUCCCUCCAUUUGCUCUCUCUGCGGUUCCCUCAUUCGUCAGUGAGCGGGGUUGCGACCCUGUCUUAAGGGAUGGUCUCCUGGGCUUCUCGCUGAGCAUCUCUUGAAAGAUCACAGCACAGGCUACAUUUGAGGAGGUCUGCUCUCAUCCUAUUGAUCCCUGCCUCCAUCUCUCAGCCUCUACUUCUUUAGCUUUGCUUGCCCCACACCCCCCUUCGUCUGUCUGUGUCUCUGCCUUUAUACUCUAAACUCUCUUCCCACCGCAACUAGCUCUCUUCUGCCAUUUUGUCACCCUCUCACCUCGUCUGUCUACUCUCUCCGCUCCCUCCUUCCUUGCCCAUCCAUCUCCAUGCUUAAAUAUCAACAGGCUCAGAUCUGUCACUCCAAAGGACCACUGCUUUUCUUUUUCUUUUUUUUUUGUUAAGGGAAUCCACUUGAAAGACAAUAACAGACUAUCCCCUAAGAGCGACGUCGCUAACUGAUUACAGCCUCCUCAGCAAACCCACUCUGUGACUCGUGAGGGAUGGCUUUGUAUAAUGCCUAAAGGGAUUGCUAGAAUACCUGAUGUGUAUGCGUCUACUACUAUAUGUAGUCAUUUUACAGCAAAUUGUGGUGACUAUAGUGCAGCAUUGCAUCCAAAAACUGUCUCUCACUCCUUUUCUCGUCAUUAUAUUUCGUUUGGGCUCUGUUUUAAAGCAAACCAAAGUGUUUUUAUUUUGUAUGAUGUCAAGAAGAUGAGUUAUAGAAAAGGAAUGUAUCAGACUGACAGUUUUAAAGCACUUUUAUUUGCACCAAGUUGAAAUGAGACUAUUUAUUUUUUAAACCGUACUGUACAUAGCUAAUUACUUAUUAAUUUAUGGUUGUAUUUUAUACAGUAUGCCUGUCAAUGAUCUGGUGAUGAUGCUGUAAAGUAGGUGUAUGCCUGCCUCAUUUUCUAAGGUCUGUCUUUUUUCCGCCUGCAAUGUUGCCUGCCUGUGACAUCAUCUUUAUGUGCCCAGUUCUGACCAAUAAGAGUUUCAGACAGCAACGCUGUAGAAGCCAAGACAGGGUUGGGUCAAAUGAAAAUGUGGUAUAUAUUUCUGAUAUGAGUAAUGGAAUGCAUCUGAUGUAUUUUACUCAUUUAAAAGAAACUAAUGGAAUUAAAAUA